GAAAGCAACAAGAAACGCUCUUCAUCAUGUCCGUGUCUCUGCGCGCACAGAUCUUCCUCUUCCUCAUCUCUCUCUCAUCACGGACGGGACUCAGCCGAUACAUUGAGGACAUCGAAGCUUCAGACGGAUUAUUUUCUCUGCUCAGUCUGGAACAGAAGAGAGAAUCAGAGGACUUUGUUUUCCGCCGACCCCUCAGAUGUUUAGACAUGCUAGCCACCGAGGGCCAGUUCACUUUCGUGGCGUCUCAAGCUGAGCUGGCCUGCGCCAUUUUCGUCAUCGCUGAGCCCACUGAGGUCAUCAGCCUGGAGCUGUCUGACGUCAACAUCGACUGCAGCGCCGGAGACUUUAUAAAGAUGUUUGACGGCUGGGUGCUGAAAGGGGAGAAGUUCCCCAGCAGGCAGGACCACCCACUCCCUCUGCACCAGCGCUACACAGACUACUGCUCCUCCACAGGACAAGGAGCCUCCAGCCACUCCUCACAGAACGUUGCCAUGGUCUUUUUCCGCAUUCACAACGCUGACAGAGGCUUCACCCUCACUGUCAAAAAGUUACACAACCCCUUCCCCUGUAACAUCAUGUCCCAGAGUCCAGAGGGCAGCUUCACCAUGGUGAUGCCACACCAGCGCAGGAACUGCAGCUUCUCCAUCAUCUACCCAGUGGAGAUCCGACUGACGGAGCUGAGCCUGGGGCAGGCCAAAAGCAAUGAGCUCAACCCACAGAGACAGGUGUGGUCGGGCUGUUCGGGGUCAGGUGACUAUGUGGAGCUGCUGGGGGGGAAUGGGGUGGACACCUCUAAGAUGUUCCCUGUCGCUGACCUCUGUUUCUCCCUCACUGGGCUCGCUCAGAUGAAGAUUGGUUGUGAUAACUCAGUGGUGAGGCUGGUGUCCAGUGGGAACUAUAUCAACCAUGUUUCCUUCCAGUACCGACUACUGGAACAGCACGAGCUGCCCAAGACCCCAGAGAACAGCCUGAAUAACUUCUGCACUAUGGACUGAGAUCACACACUGAGUCAGACUCACACACAUGCACACACACUAUCAUGUUAUCCAUCUCGCUGUAAAUACACCAGUUUGACAAAUAGCGUAAUCAAAUAUUUUGUAUUGUUUUUUUCCAAAUAUUUGAUCUAGUGUUUAAUUAUGUAAGCUUUGAUCAGAGUAUAUUUAUGUGAAGAACUGUUGAUGAGGAUGGAUUUAAAUGUUUUCUUUUUAGCAGUUUGUCAAGAAAACUUGUGAUGCAUUAUUUUUCUUGGCAGGAGUAUUAAUAUCAAACCUUCUAUCUACUGAUCUUGGUUUAUAUCAAGAGGUUUUACACAUCAGCUGUUUCUCCUGUUUAUAUGGCCCUGACAACUUAAAAAUAAAUAUGACUUGCAUGAUAAA